CUUAUUUACUACAAAAUUAUAUACUUUUAUCUUUCAUAUUAUACAUAAUAUUACUCGUUAUUAAGAAUCCACACCGUCGCGCUUGCACAUCUGUUAUAUUUUAAUAAUAGCAGUUUAGCAUAAUGUGUAACUGAAUUCAAUAAUUAAAUAUUUUUAAUGUUUCAUUAUCUCUGUAGCCUUUCACAAUCCCUUAAUUAUACUUGUAAAACGGUUCUAAUACUUCUAAUUAUACACAAUGCAGCUUUACUAAAAUUCAACGAUAAUGGCACUCAAUCGUUAUUUGUUCCUAGUCAUUAUACAAGAACCUUCUCCAAUGGAAGAUCUUCCAAGGUACAACCCCUGGAAUCCAGUGAUUCCAGGAUCACCUAUAUCGCUGAGGAACGUUAUUACAAGAUGAUAACAGAAAAACAUUCCUAUGUAGACAAAUUAAUAAAUGAGCAUUCAAAAUUUGAUGAUAAACUACAACUACGUUUAAACUUCCUACAAUGUACCCAAAACCACAAGUUAUCAGAAAUGCUAAGAAGGAAUAGCGAUGAAUCAUCACACAAACUAUCUGUCAUCGCAGAUAUGAAAAGAAGAACACCUACACACAAUCCAAAGUGCGACGAUAAGGUUUUAUCAUACAUUGAUGCUGGUGAAGUUGCACUAAAUAUGGCAUCCGCUGGGUUUGAUGUUAUCUUUGUUAACACAGAUGAGAUUGUAUAUGGAGGUCACGUACAAGAUCUACACAAGAGUUUUCUCGAAUUAAGAAAACUAGGAAGACGUAAAAGACCAGCUAUUGUAAUGAAGGAUAUAUUUCUGCACCCUAUACAAAUUGCUCAAGCUACAGAGUAUAGAGCUGAUGGUGUUCUACUUAAUGCAUCGAUCUUAGGAAAUGCCCUGGAAAAUAUGUUAAAUGCCUGUAUUAAUAUGGGAACUGAGGCUAUAGUAGAAGUUCAUGAUGCUACAGAAGCAUUGAGGGCCACAGAUAUUGGUGCACGUAUUUUAUUGGUUAAUCAAUGGGAUAGGGUGAAAAAUAUUUUAAAACCGACAAGGGCACUAGACAUUAAAGAUGUAAUACCUGAAGAUGUGACCACGAUUGCAUGUGGAGGUAUAAUGACAAUAAAACAGGCACAUGAACUUGCACUAGCAGGAUACGACGCAGUUUGUUUUGGUAGAAGACUGAUUUAUCCAGAUGUACCCGAAUUUAUAAAACAAGUUAAAGAUUGGAAGGCACCUUGUAAACCAAUAUUAAAAAUGAGUAAAAGAAUGUUUUUUGAUUAUAAAACUGUAAAUGGAGUAACCGAAAUAAGUUUGAAGGAAAAUCAUUUGGAACUUUUAGAUGAGAUGAAUCACUUUUAUUUUAGUGAAAGAAAUGAUGAAUUAAUCUCAGAAAUAAAAAAACUUAGUAAGAAAAAUAUUGAUGAAAGUACAAAUUUCACGGAACAAAACCUCACUCCAGGGGAGAAAUCCAGAGAAAUAACUGUAAAUAUCGGUGUACCCACAAGUUCUGACGCUCUCAUUAAAGUGGGAACAUUGGCUGUAUCUCCAGAAGGACAAAAGGAAUAUAUUGAUCAGAAUAGGGAGAUAGCCAAGUUAACAAUAGAUAGAUACAGAUUAAAGUGGUUUAUUGAGAAGAAAAAAUGGAUUAAAAAUAAUCUACAUUUGUAUAAUAACGAAGAAGAGGCUGAAUGUGCUUAUGAUUUGAAAAAAGGUAUAGAAAUGUACAAUCAAUUUAAGUUCAAAGGUAAAGAAUAUUAUCCUGAGGUAAUGUCUCCCGAAGAAAUUAAAGAAACAGAGCGUGUAUUAUUUCAAAAUGUACAAGAAUUAUAUGAAAAGGCACCUAAAAUAAAUGGGAAGAUCAAUUUAAAUUUCGACGAAAUUUCGUCACCACCUCCUAUUUUACCAACUAAAUAA